AUGGCGUACCGAAGAUUUGUUGAAGACGACGACAUGUUCUACGAGCCUGACCAGCCUACCCGUCCGUGGUUGGACGCCAAGGAGACGGCAAAGCUGUUGGCCUGGAACCGACAAGAGCUUAUUGGAAAUGAGCUCUCGCGGUUAGCAAGCGAUGAGUACUUGGAAGAUAUCAUGCAGCAUCUCAGACACAUGGAGGACGAGACGUUGCCAGAUGCCAACCUCAUUGACUUGCAGCGCGAGAUCCAGUGGUUCAUGAGGCCGUACCUCAUCGACUUCCUUAUCGAGGCUCACGCCUGCUUCUCUCUUCUCCCCGAAACCCUCUUCCUCACCGUCAACCUCCUCGACCGAUACUGCUCUAAGCGAGUAGUCUACAAGCAACACUACCAGCUCGUCGGAUGUGCGGCGCUGUUAAUCGCGGCCAAGUACGGCGACAAGAAGGAGCGAGUGCCGCAGAUCAAUGAGCUCAACAACAUGUGCUGUGGUCUCUACGACCCUGGCAUGUUCACUCAGAUGGAGAUGCAUGUACUCAACACGUUGGACUGGACCAUCGGCCAUCCUACUGUGGACUUCUUCACUCAACUUCUGGUAGCUAUCGAGAGGGAUGAUACCGAGGUGGAGCAUAUGGCGGCCUACAUAAGCGAAAUUGCCCUUUACCACCGAGACUUCGUUUCGACCAAGCCUUCGGUCAUGGCUCGAUCCUCGUUGGCGUUAGCGCGUGCUAUUCUUGGACGGCCCGAGAUCACGGACGGCGAAUGGGGACAUGUUGAGAAUGUGACACUACUCGCCCUUUCUCAGCACCUUCACCAACCAUCCAUCUCGCUUGCGAAGAAGUAUUCUUCAACAACAUACUCGCGGGUCACUCACAAGCUAGCAGAUUUCAUGAGGCAGCAGGCCGCCAUCACCAGGAGAUCGGGUCCCCAGCCUGGUCCUCAAUCUACCACACCGGCGCCCGAAGAGUCGAGCGUGUACGCCACUCCCCAUGGCAAAGGUGCCGCAGUCAAGGGCUUCGACGGCUACAUGACUCCUCCAAUCACGCCGGAUGGUGCCUGCUUUGACAACGGCAUGGGAAGGGAAUACGCCAUGCCUCCUCGCUGCCCUGCCACGCCGACUCCGCAAGGCCAUGUUCAAUCAAGACACCCAAUGGUAAUGGACUACCAAUAA